UCUGGCUCUCUGCGCUGAUUCAGGAUCGGCCGUUAAACACAGUUUUACAGCGGCCGGUUGAAUUGUUUGGCGGUUGGGUAGGGGUUGUUGUUGCUGUAGCGGGCGGAGUGAUUCUGUAGUUAUAAAGGUGUUUAUAGUGUUUUAGGGGGGAUUGUAGAGCAGGUUUAUGAGUUAAGGGGGUUUUGUAGGGGGUUAGAGGUAGGUUAAUUCAGUAGGAGAUGGAUGAACAGGCGAGAUCUAUUCUACAGCGGAUUAUCAGGAAAACUCCCAGCAAGAGAUUGGAGACUAUUAUCCGAUCCUGGAACUGUUUAUCUGAGGAUCAGCUGCACUCCCUGAAUUACUCCCAACCCAAAUGGCUGUUCCUGGAAAACCUCGUAUCCAGAUGUGAGGAAAACAGGGUGAGCUUAAAAGAUGUGACGAAACUGGAGAUGAUCUAUCACAUACACAAUCCAAAUCAAGGAACAUGGCAUGCCUGCCAGCUAUUUCAAGCAGAAGAUGAUGCGCUGUCUGUGCAUUUCACACAGUUUCGGGAGAGCUUUAUCGCCCACCUGGAGGAUGUUGUUCAGCAUGUCUCUGUUGGAAUGAAGAAACUUGAGGAUGGUGCCAUUUGGGUCCGAACCGCGUGGGGAGACAACUUCAGAAAACCCAACCACCUCAAACCCACUUACCUCGUGCAUUAUCUGCAGUCUUCCUACGUCUUCAUUCAUAACGUCACGCCCAAACACAGGCCUUUCCUCUACCAGGCUCUGGUUCUGGCCACUAGACAUGUGUCUAUCAAAGAGUGCCAUCUGAGUUCUAGAAGCCUCACUGCGAUGAGAGACCUUCUCAUGAAGCAGUAUCAGCAGGUAUUCCCAACCAAUCAGGAGAGGACUUUAAAAGAAAGAAAUGCACCUCCUUCACAUCCUAACAUUGAAAGAGAACAUGCUGAGAGUUCUGAAGGCAGACAUCAGAUGGCCUGUGAGGCAUUUGGGUGUGGGGUGCUGCCAAAGCUGGAAACUGCUGUGUACAAGCUUGAAACAAGAUACCGGGGCAACAGCAACAACACGCUUAAUGAUGGUGAUGAACUUUUCAGAGGGGUGGUGAAGUUUUCCAGCAAGAACAUCUUGGAGUCCCUCCGUCACUGUGUCUCUACAGGCAUGGCUGAAGGUCCUGUAACUCCCCUGCUGUCCUCCAUCACUCAGAAAGGAAGGAACUACUUUGUGAUCACUGACAAAGUCUCAGGAGCCACUGCCAGCCAGACUCCUGCUCCCAAAGCUUAAAGCAGCAGAUAACAAGGACUAUGAGUUGAUUGUGAGUGUGAGUGUCUGUGUGUGUCUGUGUGUGUGUCUGUGUGUGUGUGGUUCCUGUUCUAUGGUUUAACCAGGUUCAGGUUAUUUUACAAACGUUAAAUAAAGUUUUUAAUUGGUUGUUCUCUGUACUUGUUUAUGUUGAUGUCAGAAAGCUGGUAGUUUUAUAUACGUUUUUCAUGCAAAACGUUUCAUGCAAGUGAUACAAUGCCACAACUUUUGUAUUUACAUUACACACUUUAGAUCCAUUUAUUAAUAAAAUUGUUUAUAUUCAAUCCCCUAA